AUGGCGAUGUUAGGUAGGAGGAGGAAGGUAGCGAUGGAUUCUUGGAGCGCCAUGGCAUCGAGGCACAAGAUUUAUGCAGAAGGAUGGGGAUGGUCUGUUAGUGAGAAAUACAUCCUAGCAUGCAACUCGCCCACAUUGCUCAUCAACUCGCGUUGGCACGACUUCUUCUCACGGGGGCUCAUCCCUCAACGCCAUUAUUGGCCGAUCAGGGAUGCCCAAAAGUGUAGUUCCAUCAAAUUUGCAGUUGAAUAUGGCAACAAUCACCCUGCAAAGGCCAAGAAGAUUGGUGAGGCCGGGAGCCACUUCGCCCACGAGGCUCUGAAAAUGGAGAAUAUUUAUGACUACAUGUUCCAUCUGCUAAAUGAGUACGCGAGUCUGUUCAAGUACAAGCCUAAGAUUCCUCCAAACGCGACUGAGCUUUGCUCGGAGCUGCUGGCCUGCCCUGCACAGGGGAAGUUAAGGGAGUUCAUGGAGGAAACCAUUGAGAAGUUGCCUAGUGAUUCACCUCCCUGCCAGAUGCCUCCACCUUUCAAGCUUCGAGAUCUUGGAGAUUUUGCACGAGCGAAUAUGGAGGCCAUCAACGAGGUGGAGGCAUUGGAAGACGAGUAUGGGAGGAAGCAAUACGAGAGAAAAUGA